UAUAGAAGUGGCAUAUUAUUUAUUACUACACAUUAUAACGAAGCUGCUAGUCUCUUCUAUUUAGAAAUGAAUUGGUUAUUUUUGUAUAUUACUAUUGUUUCAUUGACGGCUGUCAAUUUAAAACCCUUGCAAUUGGUCGACUUAAGUGACUCGUACCUGAACGAAGUACAGAAGAUAAUAGAAGAAUGUCAAGCUAACCCAGCUACUCGUGCUUCUGAUGAAUGGUUAAAAACGGAAGAUCUUGCAACUGCAGAUCAAUAUGGAGGCCACAUUUUAUGUCGAUUAACAAAAGUGGGAAGCUUAAAACCAAAUGGAGAUGUUGAUAAGGAUGGAAUGAGACGAGAUAUCUCGAAGGGUAUAGCUGAUCCGAAGAUAGUAAACUUGAUUGUUGAAAAAUGUGGACAUCGCGUUCCCAAUAAGUCACCAGAACAGAGUGCUGUUGAAAACUUUAGAUGUGUUGUUUCAACAGUCAAAAGCCUUUAACGUUACUAAAAUACUUUAAAUCCGUAGAUUUAUUCUUGUAUACGAAAAUAUGUAAAUUUUUCAAUAUGUAAAUAAAGAUGUGAAUAUUGA